ACGACUUUGUGCGCAUGUGCAGCGUUACAGGAAUACACGUGUGGUGAACGUUUAGUCUGACUGCAUGCAGCAGAGCUCUCAGAGUUUGUGGUGUUGUUAAAUAUUAGGAAAAGCCACGUAUCCUGCGCCUGUUAGCUGCUCUCUUAGAGUCAGGAGAUAAACAAGGAGUCCUCCGUGAAGCAUUUCGCCGAGAGGGCCGGAAUACAUAAGCAACCUGCCAUGGCUGAACCACAAGUGAACCCGAAGGCCUACCCGCUGGCCGACGCUACUCUGACCAAGACCAUCCUGGACCUGGUGCAGCAAGCUUCCAACUACAAGCAGCUGAGGAAGGGGGCCAAUGAAGCCACUAAAACCCUGAACAGAGGCAUCGCUGAGUUUAUCGUCAUGGCAGCCGAUGCCGAGCCGCUGGAGAUCAUCCUCCACCUGCCUCUCCUCUGUGAGGACAAGAACGUCCCGUACGUGUUUGUCCGCUCCAAGCAGGCGCUGGGCCGGGCCUGCGGUGUGUCCCGUCCUGUCAUCGCUACCUCUGUCACCAUAAAGGAGGGCUCCCAGCUAAAGCCUCAGAUUCAGUCCGUUCAAAUGGCUAUUGAGAGACUCCUGGUGUGACUUUUAUACACCAUUGAUAAUGAUUCCAAAAGGUGGAUGGAUCCCUCGUUUGAAUUUUAUGUUGGAUGUAAAACAUUUUGCAUCACAAACUUUGUUUUUUAGGAGUAUUGCAUGUUUUAUUUUGCAGGACCAUCACCUGUGCUCUAAUAAACUUUUUUUUUUUAC